UCGACAAAAUGGGAAGCAACCAGCCAUCUGGAAUUGAAUUACACCAAGACUACCCAGAGAUAGUCGUUGUGAUAUGCAUGCUUGCUGUUUUCAGCAUUCUCGGUACAAUGGGGAAUGCCUUUGUCAUUUUCGUGUAUUCAAGAAAGAAGGACAAAUCAACAACAACAAUAUUCAUCCUAACUUUGGCGGGAACUGACUUUUUUACUUGUUUGAUAAUUAUUCCAUUUACCAUCGUUGUAGAGUAUGUUGAAAAACAAAUUCGAUACGACAGUGCCUGUAAGAUAUAUCAGUUCUUAAUUACAUCAAACGUACCAUUUUCAUCUUUUAUAAUGGUCGUUAUAGCUUGCGACCGUUAUAUGAAAAUAUGCCGCCCAUGGAAUCAGACACUUGAUACGAAAAUGGCUAAGAAGAUGAUUAUUUUCCUCUUUAUGUUCGCAGUUAUGUUAGGCAUAAUAAUAGCUUUAGUUCAUGGAAUUCCUAAUGAAUUCUUUCUGAAUGUAAACAAAUCGCCUAUUAAUUUGACUAAUGCUACUACAAACACAUCCUUGCUAAUGCCAGCGCUCGAUACCAAUAUGGAAAUCGACAGUAAUUUGAUAAUGACAACUGUUCCACCUGUGACCGUCAAUCAAACCAAAUCGAAUUAUCUGCUUAACAUGACAGCAGUACACACGACAGAAGAUACACUAUUCCUCAAUGACUGGAAUUCUAAGAUUGAAAGGUUGUGUUUACCGACUGAAAAAUACAUAAGCUCCUCAGUAAGAAACAUUUUCCAGAAAUUGUAUGCGUCUUUAUUUCUCAUAUCUUUCAUUCUGGUUGUGAUUUUUUACACUUUGGUAUUUCGAUCAUUAGUAAUUAGACGAGCACGAAAAGCUAAGAAAAAGUCAUAUGUUGGCGAUAUUACUCUUGGACAGCAUACGACACACCAGUUAAUUACAACAAACACGUGUACAGUUGCAACAAAAUCUACAAUGACCGAAAACUUGGAUGUCACAACCAAUAACGAUACAUUAAAGAAACCAUUACAAUUAAAUCGAACGCGGUCGAAACAAGAAAAAAACAGGUCAGCCAAUAUGAAAACAGCUGGUAUUUUGUUUAUUGUGACAGUAGUUUUUAUCAUUGCAUUUCUACCUGCUUGGCUGAUGGCAAUGAGGGCUGUGAAUGGAAAUAUUAUUAUAUUUUACAUGCAUUUUAGCUACAACGUUGCAAAUCCAGUCAUUUACGCAUUUUUCAAUCAAAAUUUCAGAAAGGAUAUCAAGAGAGACUGCAGUUUUCUCAUAAGUUUUGAGAAACUGUCUACUGGUUAAACGA